CACGCGCUGUCCAAGCGCGCGCUUACACCCUGAGGUGUCGGUUUUUAUCGCCUCAGCUCUUUCAGCGAAAAUAUAACAAAAUAUUAUUUUCUGUAUAUAUAAUUUUUAUACAUAAAAAAAAACAUUUAAUGGAGUCCUGAGAAGAAGAAAAUCCGGUUCUCGAUACUUUCCCAUUCGGAAAAUGAUUUUUUGCUGAACAUUUCGGUGUGAAUUGACUUUUUUUUUCUUUCGACGAUAGCGACAAAUCCUUCUUCUUGGUUCAAUGGAGGAAAGGACACUUGGAUGUGUUUAAAAGAAAAAGAAGAGAAAAAAACGAGAGAAAGAAUGUGUGUAAAGCCGCCUCAGGUGUUCGAGUCGCGGGCAGCGCGGAGUUGACCAUGCUCACCUGUUUCUCCGGACACGGUAACUCGAGUGCUGAGCAGGAGGGCAUCGGCGGUGCCACGGUGCUCCUGGCCGCCCUGAUGAUGAUCCUGGUGGUCGUGGUGGUGGUGGGAAACGCGCUGGUCAUCUUCGCCUUUGUCGUGGACAAGAGCCUCCGAAAUCAGAGCAACUACUUCUUCCUUAAUUUGGCAAUAUCUGAUUUUCUGGUUGGGGCGUUCUGCAUCCCCGUCUACAUGCCCUACAUCUUGACAGGCCGAUGGAUGCUGGGUCGGGGCCUCUGCAAGCUGUGGCUCGUGAUGGACUAUCUGCUCUGCACCGCCUCCGUCUUCAACAUAGUCUUAAUCAGCUACGACCGCUUCCUGUCCGUCACCAGAGCUGUGAGGUACAGAGCACAGCAGGGAAUGACUCGGCACGCUGUGGGAAAGAUGCUGGCUGUGUGGCUGCUGGCUUUUCUCCUUUAUGGCCCCGCCAUAAUCUUCUGGGAAGACAUCGCUGGUGAGAGCAUCGUUCUGGCUGACGAGUGCUUUGCCGAGUUCUAUUGCACCUGGUACUUCCUGCUAAGCGCGUCUACCUUCGAGUUCUUCUCGCCGUUCAUCUCAGUGACCUUCUUCAACCUCAGCAUCUACCUCAACAUCCAGCGGCGAAACAAGAGCCGAGCAGCUCAGCGCGGAGCAGAGAAAGAGGACGGAUGGAGGGUGAUGGACAGCGGGGCAUCGCCCUCAUCUGCGGUCUUCUUCGUCAGGACGCGCAAAGUAUCCUCCAGCGAACCAGCGGGCGUUUCAGCUGUGAUUGAGGAGGACAUGGAUAUUUCUCCGUCCUCCAGUGGAGACCCCAGCUGCAGUCAAUCAGUGUCUCUCUCUCUGAAGACUGUCAAUAAGAAGAAAGGAGCGUUGAGCUGCUGGUUAAAGACACGCAUGGUCCAGUCACAGGUGCCGUCUCGGAACGGGGAGAACUCGCGUCUCUCGCGGGACAAGAAGAUCGCAAAAUCUUUGGCAGUGAUAGUGUGUGUUUUCGGCUUGUGCUGGGCGCCGUACACCUUGCUCAUGAUCAUUCGAGCAGCCUGUAGCGGCACGUGCAUAGAACAUCACUGGUACGAAGUCACAUUCUGGCUCCUGUGGCUUAAUUCAGCCAUUAACCCUUUCCUGUACCCACUGUGCCACAGCAGCUUUCGCAGGGCCUUCACUAAGAUCCUUUGCCCUAAACGCCAGUCUGUCGGGCCGCAUGAGGAAACCGCAUCCUGCCAGUGACAGCAGACAAGAUUUCACCCAGUCUGGGAAUGGCAGUGGGAGAUUAUGUGUGAUUAUUGAGGCAGCAGGCUAUGGAAGCCCAUUUCCGCCACAUAAAAAAAGUUUGCUCAAUUAUGACCUUUUCACAAAACUGGCAGAAAUAAAGUCGGAACUGCAAGGAAAAAAGUCGUAAUUGAGAAAUAAAGUCAGAAACUCUUAAAAAACCUUUUAUUGGAAGCCCAUUCCCACCAAAUAAAACAGUUCUAAUGUAGACUUUAUUUCUCACAAUUUUUGAAUUAUUUCUCACAAUUCCACAUUUAUUUCUGCUAAUUCUGAAAAAAAAAUAAAAUCACAGGGAAAAAAAAAAAAAUCUGAAUUGUGAGAAAUAAAGUCGCUUAAUUGUGCAUUUACGCCCCCCACCCCCCUGAGAUUCACAUUAACUAUGAAUGUUAGCCCUCAUAACUGAUGAAACCAGGAUGUUAAAAGCAAUGCAUGAGUGUGUACAGUCCAUUCUCACCGAUUAUCCUCCAUAUUGAUGAUGUGCAUUCAGCUGGACGGAUUUCAGAGCUUGACGAUGUGAAGGAAGUCUGAGAACAAUACACUGCACCUGCACUCUCAACCUAGUCAGUGUUGUUUCUGAGUGUGAGACAAACUGCUGUUAGUUUUGCCAUUUCUAAGGAAUACGACUCGUGUUUUCACAGGUUGGAUUUAUAAUUUGGAACGACAGCAGAACUCUAGCAAAUGUUCUGUUGUUUUAAUCUGUCGUUUUAACAAAUAAUGACAAACGGAUUCUCAAGUCGAGCAUGUGUGGAUGUCUGGACCCACACAUGGUGUGUGAUUGUAUUGUUGGCACUUAAAUAAUUGAAUUGUGACGUUUUUAGAAAAUCAUUUAAAGUAUGAUUUAAAAAAUAUAUUUAUUCCUGUAUAUAGUUAUGUUUCCUUUGCUUUUCAAGUGAUUUGUUGUUUCCAUAAAUAAACUUGGCAUUUUAAAGUGUACACAAAUGUCAUUAAGUUACAAGCAGGUGUGUCAGUUAUAAGCAUUAUUAUCCCUAAUGCCUAGUUAUUCUUAGUUACUCAAACAAUAUCUAAAAUGUGAACCAGAUGAUUUUCUGAUCUUCCAGACAAGCAGAACCUCCUGUAAAUGACCCUUCUGUUUUGCACAGAAAUCUGAUUUAUUCGUCCAGCACAUGUUGAACACUAGGACUUAGCAACGCAGCACCGAGCGAUCCAGUGACCCAUUCCACUCCACAC